AUGUUCAGCGUACCCACCCUCGUCUCUCUUUUGCUCCUCGCUGUCCCUCAUGUCGUCUACGCCGACCCUUGCGUGGCCUUCGAUGCCGAAUUCAAUCUCCUAGCUUUCGGCCUCAAUGGCAAAGAUUGGAACGCAGGCCAACAGUCUUCUUGGGGAAGUGGUGAUCUCACCUUUGCAGGUAGCGCUACCGAUAUCACCGCUUCAGGAAGGCCUCCUUUCGACGGUACUGGUACCACAUGCUACCUCGCGCAAUUCUUCAACGCCAUCUACGUCCUGAACGGCGACAAGUCCAACCCUUCCGACGUACACGUCUAUGACGCUGCUGCGAAGUCAUGGACUACCCAGAAGACGAACACGAACAACUUCGACCUCACCAACUUCGCUGCUAUCCUCGACCACGAUACGAACGUCUUCUACGCGCUCUCCAAGGGCGACCUGUGGUUCCUCGACAUGUCCUCGCUGAAAGCCGCCACAUCUUCCGCACUUCCUUGGACCAAUGCUGAGACGUCACCCUACGGAAGCGACUAUCAACCUACGAUGGCUCUCGCGCAGAAUCAUGUUCACUUCAUCGGGACUCCAGGGACACCGGCUGGCUCGGCGGAGAUCUUCGUUAUCCACUUCUCGUUCUUCCAGCCCCAGGCUCAGGCAUAUUCCGGCCCUCAAUUCCCUGCUACCCACGGUCAGACCACGUCGUUCUUCCAAUCAGAAGGCGUUCAGCAGGAGUUCGCGUUCAUCCCCGACGACUUCUCGAACGUAUAUGUGAUCAAUGUCGAGAGCAACACAACCACCACGCUCGCCGCCCCCCCGUCCAAGGACACGAAUGCGCGCUACGCUUCUUCCAUCACAGCUCUUGUCCAGCUCGACAGCACCGGUGUCGUCUCCUUCGUCCCGUACAAGCAGGGCGAUGCCUCAACCAACUCCGCCGCGACGUGGUCUAGUGUUGCGCCCAUCGCCGCGGUCGCGGGUACUUCUUCCGGCUCCUCGAGUGCUGCUGUCAGCGGCAUUAGCACGGGCUCUUCAGGCUCGAAGACUAGCGCUACUGGUUCUGGUGCGCCCGCGGGCACCCGUUUGUCGGGUACGGCUAGUGCGACGGGCGCUUCAGCAUCGACCACCGGCACUAGUAACGGGGCGAUGUCGAACGCGGUCAGCUUCGGCUCCAUCGCGGGCGUCAUGCUCGCGGUGCUCGCGUACCUCCAUUGA